CCUCUCUCUCUUACUCUGUCCUCUCUCUGGUUCAUCUGUAGCAGAAGACUUGGAUGCCUUGUCAAGAACCCAGCAGGAACCAAACAAACAAAAACAAUGGCUGUCUGCAUAAUUAAACAUAAAUGAGGAAAUGUGAUGAUGCUUCCACAUGGGGGUUUUCCAUCAGUCAGAUAAAUCUUUAUAUCCAAUCAAUGAAAACAAAAAGACAUGAAUUCUUCUUCAACUACUCCUCCUCCCUUCUUCUUCUUCUUCUUCUUCUUCUUCUUCUUCUUCUUCUGCUCCUCCUCCUCCUCUUCCUCUUUGAUUGGGGCCCACAUCAUGUUUUCUUCUUUAACAUGUGUAAUGGGCAUUGAUUCUUUCAGGGGUUUUGACAUGGUCUUUUAGAACUCUUGCCUGGUCUCAGCUCCAUAUUCAGCAGUAGACGGUCAGGGCACAUUAUAAUUAGAGGAUCAAGAUGAAGGAGAGCAGCAAAUCUGUUGCAAACCUCACCGAGACAAUCCACUCCCUGCUUGGGAUGAAGGCCACCCUGACUCCCAACUGGGUCGAUUCAGUCUGUGAUAUUGUCAAGUCCAUCCAUUCAAGAGGGUCCAACGCUCGGUUUCAACCUACAAAGCUCGACUCGGACUGGAGAAGCUUGUCCACUGCGGAUGAGAUUGACAAGGACCAGGUCAUAAUUUCAAAGUUAAACGAUGAGAUUGCGUCAUUAAAUAGCCGCAUAAAUGAGUUGAGUCUACGAAGAAGGCAGGCCCUCAACGAGUACCUGGACCUGAAAGGAAACAUUCGGGUAUUUUGCCGAAUGAGGCCUAUAACCAUGGGCGAGAAUCUUGGCCGCUCGAGACCUGUUGCUGCUCCUGACUCAAGCAAGGUUUUUCUUGAAGUCGCCGGUUCAAACAGCCGAAGUUACAGCUUCGACAGGGUUUUUCCUCCAGGCUCAUCCCAAGAUGAAGUCUUCAUGGAAGUUGAGCCUGUCAUUAAAUCGGCACUAGAUGGAUACAACGCCUGCCUUUUUGCGUAUGGUCAGACAGGCACAGGGAAAACUUUCACUAUGGAAGGCAAUUCAGAUAAUCCAGGACUGGUGCCUCGAACAAUUCAAGCACUGCUCAAACGAGCAUCGAACAGUAACUAUAAGUACCUGUUCAGAUUCAGUAUGCUCGAGAUUUACUUGAGAAAUCUCAAGGAUUUGCUUGUCCCUCAGCCUGUAAAGCCAACAGAUCCUAUGCCCCCAAACCUCACUAUCCAAAUGGAUCCUAGUGGAGGGAUUGAUAUCGAGAACCUUGUGGCAAUACCAGUGAGCGACCACAACCAGGCUCUACAGCUGUACAGAUUAGGCUGCCGGUUCAGAUCGACCGCUUCGACCAACUCUAACCUUAACUCAAGCAGAUCGCACUGCUUGAUUCGCAUAUCUAUCACUUGCCUCAAUGCUCCCGAGAGGAGACGGGAGAAAAACAAAGUCUGGUUAAUUGACCUCGGAGGCAGUGAGCGUGUAGUGAAAACAAAGGCAAGUGGAAGGAGAUUGGAAGAGGGAAAAGCAAUCAACUUAUCGCUCUCUGCCCUGGGAGAUGUGAUCUAUGCCCUUCAGAGGAAAAAGGGUCACAUCCCUUUCAGGAACAGCAAGCUGACGCAAGUUCUGAAGGAUUCACUAGGAGAGGACUCAAAAACGUUGAUGUUAGUCCAUGUAAGCCCGAAAGAGGAAGAUCUUUGUGAGACCAUAUGUACGCUCAACUUUGCUGCUAGGGUGAGAAGCACUUGCCUGGGAAAUGAAGAUCCAACUGAAAAGGCACAGAAGGAAGCUGCCAAGGAAAAUCUGCAGGCAGUAAUUGCAGGCAUUGAAUGUGAGCGCCAGAAAUUGAGAGAAGACAUGGACAAGUUAAACAUAAAAUUGAAAAGCCUUACUAGGACAGACCCCUCCUGCUGUGAGAAUGAAUACUUAGCUUUGGAAGUCCCUCAGGUUAAUCCUGACAUCACGAAGAACAAAAUUAAGGAUGCCAGAGCAGCUUCGUCCUCAAAACUACCAGGAUUUAUGAGGCCGACAUUUUGCAGCCAAAAGAAAUCAGGAACGAAUCAACCUAUGUUUGAUGAGAAGCAGUUGUUCAAGACACGGAAGAGACGGACAUCAUCUCAUCGGGCCAGAUCAGUGGCAUUCCCGAUGAAGAGUGGUUCGGAAUAUACUUCUGAUUGCAGUAUUUCUGGAGCAAGUUGUUUGGUUGAUCUAAUGAAAAGCACUGCAGAUGUUGAAACAGAGCACAGCAUAGACACAUCUGAGUGUGAUAUCAAGAUGGUCGUCUUCUCGGAGGAGAAAAAGCUGGUGACCAGUGAUAAAAUGGAAAAUAAGAAUUACUCCAUGCAACAUCUAAAAGUUGAUAAAUGGUUACAGUCACGUGAGAGCAGAUUGGCUGCUCGCAUUUCGAACAAUAGACGGGUCCCUGCUGUACCUCUCCCACUGAAGCAAAAGGGCAAGGAACAGAACAGGGCAGAGAGCUUGCACUGUAAAGUGGAUGCCAAGGAUUUUAAGACUACAGAGAUCGAUAAACAUUACAGCAAAAAUGAAGUUGUUGCAGAUGAGGGGGCUUCAAGCAGCUUGACAGUUGAAGUUGAAAUGGAUACAGCCCAAAGCAAACAGAGCAAUUCACUCAUGAAUGAGGAUCAAAUGCUAGAUAUGGAGUCUUGGUUUGAUGCCUCGUUGAUACUGGAGGAUGAGAAUUACCCUUUUAAGGUCAGGGAUGACAUUCUCAGUGGUGAAUUGGAGGAUUUCAGGCAAAACGAGAUGCCGGCUUUGCAGAAAUCAAAGGAAUUCAUCCAUGAACACAAUGACCCAGAAGAAAAAUUCUAUGUGUCUGACUCAAGUUCAAAAUCGGAGCUGUACCUUCGAGAGGUGUUGUAUGACAUGAAUAUGGAAGAUACAGAAGGGAGUGCCUCCCCUAAUAUGUUCAAGAUACAGGGAAGAACAAACCAUUUGGAUUUGAAGAACAUAAGAGCUUUAUUUACGGAUGAUACAAUUCAGAAGAAUACAAGCAUCAAUACACAGAAUGUUCAUCAAUUAGAAGGGAACGCAGGCAAAGCAGGUAUCUAUCAUCCACUGAAUGAGAAAGUUCAGAUCAUAUGUGCCAGUGCUCUCCUAGGACUGCGAUUGCAGAGCCUUGGCUUCGGGGAUGACUUCUUCAAUGGCUUGACACGUUAAGACCUGCAUCACAGUCCACAAUCGAGGAGUAACCACCACUUCUGCUCUAAUAUGGUCAGGAGUUUGAAAUGACUCGAGCAUGGCUGCAGUAAGCAGAAGAUAUAGAGAAAGAACAAUAAUCAUAUCUCAUCGUGAAUGAGUAAAGAAAAAAGCAAAGACAGUGUUUGCAUAGAAACAGCAUCAUGAUGCUGCUCCAAUCUUCAGCAAAUCAGGCAGAAAACUUUAUUAUUUAUUCCUUCGUUUGCAUGAUGAGAGCUUUCGCUUACAGAGAAAGCAUUUUUGACCAUGUACAUAUGUGCAUGUAUAUCGACACAUAAUGGCCAGUUUGCACAUUAAA